AAUAUCCCACAAUAAGUAUCUAAGCCACAAAAUCGCGAGCUGUCAAUGUCAAACUUAAGUCAACGUCAGACAGUCAAAACAAACAAAUGUCAGCGACGAAUCGAAGUGGGACAUAAAAAUUAUUGUGUUAUUUUAAAUCAGUAUUUUCCGUUACCUCUGGUAAAUAAGUAAUGUUGAUGUGUGAUAUUUUGUACAUACAAAGUUAAUAAUAAAUGCAACAUAAUGGCAACCACUUCGAAGGCAGAAGAUGAACACAAUUUUUAUGACACACUUAGCCAUUUCCCUCCUGUAAUCAAUGGAAGAAUUAACAUGGUCCAAUUCCUUGAGGCAUCUUCGGGGUUAGUCUCACUAGUAGAGCGCUUAGGAACAUUAUUUGCACCAGUAAAAUAUGAUAUGCAAGGAAAUAUUGAUAAAAUAAGGAAAUUCUACAACUUCGAUAAAAAUACAUGUUUACUGGAAUUAAUGAUUACAGAAUCCACAAAAGGAAACUGUGGGCAUGAAAGUGUAUUAUGGCUUAACAGGGCAUUGUUAUUCUUCGAGUUAGUUUUUCAAGAAAUAAUUGCCUGUCUGAAAUUGAAUAAUCAUGACUCAGGAAUGAAAAAGAUCUUUUCAGUAGCUUAUGAAGGUUCUGUGAAGAAAUAUCACAACUGGGUAACACAGCAAAUUUUCACUUUUAUCUGCAAAAUGUCCCCCACCCUACCACAAAUGCUCAAAGCCUUGGAUGUUGAAGAUGGCAAAGAGUUUGAACCCAAAUUAACAAACUAUAAUAUCAAAUUGCAUUUAGUUAGAUGUAAAAUUGAUGACUGUUUCAAGGAAAAUAAUAGUCUAUUUGGAGAAUCCAAAUGACACUACUAAUUUAAUAUUCUCACUUUUUUAAGCAAAAUUUAUCUGUAUAGCCAAUCCAACUGUCACAAAAAAGCAAAUUUUAGUCAUUUGUGUAUGGUAAUAAAAUUUAAUAACCCUUUUUAUUAAAUAUUAGGCUAAAAUAUUUGUAGCAGUUGCUAUUACUAAUACAAUUUGAAUGUCAUCAAUGAAACUGUGCUUUUGAGGCUAUAGUUGUAAGUCUAACAAUAAACUAAGAUAAACAAAACGUAAUAAUACAAAAAUAUUCAUAUUUUACGGUAAAAAGAUACAUUUUUGUGGAAUUUGGCUCAUCCACAGAACAAAUUGUUUUGUUUACUAUAUUUCAUCAUAAUCUCAUAGUUUAAAAGAAAUCUUUUUAAUUAUAUACAUAAAUAUAAAUGAUUUAUCACUUUAGUGCCUUCAAAAUACAAGGACAGAAAUUGAUUUGUUCCUUUUUAUGCAAUCUCAAAAGGAAUAGGUGACUGUCAGUAUGACUGGUCACCUGUUGCAUCUGGCACUGAGUGUAUAUUCAAAAAUUGCUA